AUGACUCCGUCCCUCAGAGCCAUCAGGUAUUGUCUCCUCCCUGGAACCCAUUUCUAUGUCAAGCUUCUGACCUUCAAGUUCAAGAGCUCCGCAGUCAAUGAUACGAGCCACAGCCAGACGGAGUCUGGUAUUUCAGCCGAUAAGCCUACGGCGCUACUGAUGCUGGAGUCACGCGUCGACAAGAUUGAGGAAACUUGCAUUCAGCUCAAGGCAGAUCUUCUGAACUAUCACCGCAUGGCGGCGGGCCGACAGACCAAGGCAAUCCAACAGCAAAUCCAGAACACCCAGGCCGCUCAAGACAAGCAUAUACAAUACCUCAUUGCCUGUGAGGACGCCCGUGACGCCUCUAAGAACGGUAGUAAUGCCUCUGAGGACGAACGCUACCAGCGACACAAGGAACUUCAGGACAGAUUCGACGAGCUGACGAUGAAGAGUAUGCGAUACGAUGAGAUGUUCAUUUCUCAGGCAACCCGCAUCCAGAGAAUGGAUGCUCUGGGACAGAAUCUGGCUAUUUGUACUGCUCUGAUUGUUGUCAUCCUUGCCAUUGUGGGCUAUGCUGUUUCCUGGUCUUGGGAUUGA